AUGCGUACAGUCACUGGUGAGCUAGUGGUCUGCGGUGAUUACUCAAAUAUCCCAGAAGUCAGCCGAGGAGCCUUGACAGAAAAUUACUUGGACCAUGCCUCCGAUCCCGAAGACGCGAUUCCAACCGGUACCUUCACGUUGGGUUUACUGGCAGAUGCAUCGAUCGCACUCCGAAGAGAAGGCAGUGCACUAGAAGUAGUGGACGACGAUGAGUGCUCAGACUUCGUGCGUCCUAGCCCCCGAGAACGACGCCACGCCCUAGACCCCAACACCUCAUCGUCCGUCAAAGCCUUCCUCGUGCCUCUACCAGACUCCCGCAUCCCCCACGGCCCAGCCAACCAACCCCUAACCGACAAACUCCUCAAGACCAUUCCCAACUCCCUCCGCAACCGCGCCAAAUCGCUUCACGAACCGCACCCCCUCCCUUUCCGCUGGAGCCUCCCACCCAACGCGCGUUUCCGCAUUGGCGACCCAGAAGCCUUUGCUGCUCUGCAGGUCAAGAAUAUAGAGUGGUAUGUAACCACCGGCUUACUAGUUGAAGACUUCAUGGGUCUACGAUGGAACGCAGGAAGCUACACGUAUCUUCUGUAUUGGCAUGUAGAAGGCAUGCCUACGCCUGAUGGUGUUGCGGAUGCAGGUAGGAAGUGGUUGAGUAUCAACCCAGGUUUCAUGCGGGAUUGGCAGAAGGAGAAGUGGGAAAGGGAGUUUGGAGACGAGGUGUUGGUUGUGGAAGAUGAGCCUGCGACGCCGAUUGUUGAGCGGGAGGAUUCGGGUGGGUAA